CGCCGCGGAGGCUCCGCGCGCCGCGCUCAUUCGAGUUUGUAACUUCGGGCGUAGUGUGUCGAGCGGCAACAACGGAACCGCGCCUGCCACUUUUUUAUUGUCGUAACUAAUUAAUUUUGCGGGCCAAAAUACCUCUGCAUCUCAGCCUACCACCAAAGGGUUCAGACAAGAAAAAGCUAAGUUUUACGUGUUUGUUGUGCCAUCCCAUCAUUGCUAGUGCUUCGCCAAAACUUGGAAUCACGAUGCAAGUGUAGUCUUUCUAGUGUGUCAAGUUAAAAAUGUUUACUUAACGAUAAACGUUUUGUGUUUGUGUAAACUAUUAUUUAAGUUUCUUCACUGCCACGUAGUGGGUUAUUUUUGUAUCCGCUCGUUUUCGCCCAUUACCACAGUGAAAUUUUGUGUUGACCCGAACAACUCCGGCCGACGGGUCUAAUCAAGCCGAUUAUCGUUUGUUCAACUUAAAAAGACAUUUCUUAAUUGUUGUGAAGUUUUUGUUUUUGUAUUAUUAGUGAAACAACCCUUACAUUGGAUUACUUUAUAUUUAUACUUUUGGAUUAUUCUACUGCCUAUCGAUUUAACAAUCACAAAGGAUUGAAUGAAAUUGUUUUCAUUGGACAUUUUUAUUUUGUUAAUGGAUUUAUAAGAAUGUGGGACAAAUUUUUAUUGACGCCAGCCACGGGCUGGCUGCGUCGCACAGCUGGAUAACUUUAUAAAAUUACAUAAUAAAAGAUAACUUGACGGCAGGUUUAACCUGCAGGUCAUGGAUGUUACGUUUACAAACGUAUUGGAGGGGGCGCGACAAUAUUUUCAGGGGCUGCCAGCGGGCAGUGGCUCAAGGGCAAGCCCCGCAUUCUCCGAUAGCCAUAACCGAAAUGAAAACGAACAUAACCCUAGUAGAGACAGGCCUCCGUCGUUGGGCACGUAUUGGCCCCAGGCGCAGGAUCAACAGAGGCCUUCAACGCGAGAGCCAACUCCCGUUCAACAAAGGCCGUCGUCACACAGUUCGGACACCGCCGGACCGCCGCCGUCCCUGCACCCCCAGUACAUGGCAAACGAACUAAACCGUUUGACUCACUACCAAAGUUCCUACCACCACGAGCCACCGACAUCCCAAACUCAAUUUCAGUUCUCCAGGCCUCAUUCGAGAGAGGUCACCUCCAAUCACAACGUUCAAUAUCAGCCACAUAUCACCACGAAUGCAACGUAUCGACAAAACCCUUCCCCCUCGCGAAUACAAACACCACGUUCUCAGGAACCACAAGUAAUCCAUCCCAUGCAAUCCGUUCAGUUAUAUCAGAACUAUCCACAUUCACGACAAUAUCCAGUACCACCUCAAUCAAAACCUAUAAACACAGUCCCAAACACUUCAAUGUCAGGAACUUCUCACCAAGGAUAUCAGAACUCUCAAAAUGCUUACUAUAAACAAGCUUACCUUGCGCAACAUCAAAAUUCGUUACCUAAUGUACAAAAUUCUCAGAUGCAGAGGCAUCCUGAAGUAAAAACAUCAUCGAAUGCGAGCAUACCUGUCCGUAGUGAACAUUUUAAGACGACACACAAUUUACCCCCGAUAGCUGCAUUAGCUAGUAUAAACUGCAAUGCCAGAAGUAAUAGAGAGCCAGUAAGAACAAAUGACAGUCGAGCAAGAACAGCCUCGAUUUCCAUCCCACCUGCCUCUUGCUCAUAUCAACAGCAGCAGCAGCAGCAGCAACAGCCAAUAAGUAAUGCCAACGUUAUUCGAAACAAUGUCUCGUUACCAUACUCAUCCUAUAGUUACAACCAAUACCGAAACGUAUCGACGCAUAGUAGUCAACCGCAAUCAAAUCAAAAUUACCAGUACGUUACCACUUCAACAACGCAAUCCUACAACAGCAUUAUUAUGGCGUCUUCAACAACAGGUGGUUCUUUUUCGUCCACGCAUCAGUCUUCCAACCAAUACCAUCAAUCCAACAUAAACAAUAGUCUGGCACCACCACCAACGACAACUCAAGCCCCUUUGAACGUCUUAUCAAACCACCAAUCAAACAUACCUCAGACCCAGCAUGCAGUUGAUGUUAAUGCGAACGGACGAUUGGCUCCAAUAUUAAAACCAAAAAAGGAAUCACCUCUCGAUUUAUCUGUGAAAACGGUUCGAACGUCCGCAGACUCGACGCUUGACGACGCCGAAAACGAUGUCGGACUAAAAUACUACUCUAGAACCCGCCCAUCUGCGCAUUUGUCAAUAUCCGCCCACAGUUACCCGCAACACGAUGUGAAUUCAUUUCAAAGGAAUCUAACCGAAAGAUCUUCCCAACCGCAGCCAGUGCCAAGUGCAAGCGUCCCGAAAGUCGAAUUUCAUCCCGAUUUCACCAUACCUUCUUCCCUUAAUCAGCCCAGAGGAUUCCCUCCUGCCGAUGUUCAACGACAUACUACUGUGAUAAACAAAGCGCAUUCGAGCAGUCGAAUGUAUCCACCCAAUCACCCAAACCAAUCAAAUAUAGCAAAUCGUUAUCCCACUGUACCAAUUUCCAGUGCACAAUUAACUUCACAUUUAAUUAACAAAAAUCCAGAGAUGCCAAGAGUUACACCGAAUCUACCCAACAACAUUAAACAAUCAAGUCAAAUGUAUAAUCAGGAAUUAAAUAAAAAACGAGUUGCAGAGGCAGGUCCACCUGCCAUACCCAAGAAAAUAACCAAAAUUGAUCCUUGGAGGCAGUCCAUCGAUAAUGAGAUUGAUCAAAGAUUUUUAAGUUACCAACAAGACCAACAAGAAAAAAGUAAGACGGGUGUAAAUGAAAAUGUCCAUAAUGGAGGAUAUCCGCUAGUAAAAAAAGAAAGUUAUUCCGUUCGACAACCUUAUCCAAAUCCAAUUCCCUAUACAAGUUAUCAUCAAAAUAAGCAUAAUCAAACUUACGUUCCCUCUGCUGCGUCUCAUCAAUAUCCAGGGUAUUCCCCUUCUUUUACAAACCACCACCAACAACAACAGCAGCAGCAGCAGCAUCAACCGCAACAACCUGGAUAUCAGUAUCCACUUUCUCGAUCAAAUUCUACCUCCUCCAUGUACACAGCCAAACACAACCUAGGAGGAGGCGCCGAUAAGCGUGUGCUGAGUUUGCUACGAAACAGUUUGGAGGUUAAAGAACUAAAGAAAUUAGAGCAGUCAAAACUUCAAGAGAAUGCUCAGCAUCUUAGAAGAUCAGACAUACAACAUCCUUCAACAGACGUGACAGCUCCAAUGCAACCUAAACCGGGGUUUAUAAGCAGAAAUAACGUCUCUCCCUUCACACCAACCAGUUUCCCAGACACCAGCAAUGGAAUGGCGAUGUACAAGUUCCACAUGCCUAAAGCUAUUGAUUCCGUUAAUUACAAUUUAGACAAUAAAAACUUAAACAUGGACAUAAAGUCAAACGCUGAUAUGCAAACAAUACUUCUCAACAAUAGUUCAAAUAACGAAUAUGAUGGAUUGGCUGCGUUAGUUGCAGCACGGAUACGAACCAAAGGAGAGUUAAAACAAGGAGGUAUCACGGCAAAUAAUGCGCCUGGAAAAAAUUUUCCAAGCUUUAUAGAAAGUCAGCUUAAAUCUCCCUAUAGACAAGAAACCAACUCCUCGUUUGGUUCAUCCAGCACGAACACUAGUGUUAGUCCUCCUAAACUAUUAAAAGAAAGGGCCUCCCUUAUACCCCCGAGAAGGAGAUUAUUUAGUAAAACUGAGGAGGAGAUGAGUAGCAAUAACGUCCCACACAGAGAUAAAUCAGGAUUACGCAGCUCCUCGGAAACGUCGAUAUACGAUUUCCCAGAUUCCGAUUCAGAAAACGACACGGAAAGGCGAUCGUUGCACGCUAUGAGAAAAGAACGAAAACCAAAACCGAACGUGCCAAACUCGGAAAUUAAGUUGGAUUCCCCAAAACCUCCAAGUCCGGGAGACGACAUGUUUGCGCAUAUGUGUGAUAAUUUUAUGGAUCAAUUGAAGAAUGGCGGUGGCAAAAAGAAGGGCAGACGGAAAAAGGUUGUGCCUUUAGACGUGCCAGUAAAAAUAGAGGAACCUACUACCAAAGAAAACCCAGUGAGUAAUGAAAUUGUCAUAAAAACUGAACCAGUUGAUGACACUGUAACGAACGAUGAAGAGGUUGCCAAUGAAAAACAAACCGACGAUGACGAUGAAAUGAAUAUGCCGUUGGAGCGGUACAUCGAAAAGGAAAAUAAACUAAUUGUUAAGUUAGAACAAUUUGACGAGGUCGAGAAAAACAAUGAUUUGGCUGUGGGAGGAAUCAAUAAGAGAAAUAUAAGAAGGCUUGUGUCCACAAGCGAAAGUGAAACGGAACCUGAAAAGCUAGUCUCAAGCGUUAAUAAAGAAUCAAAAUAUAUUAAAAAAGAGGAAAUUGACAAUACAACCAACAACAAAAUUGAAACUUCUUUAACCAAUAAAAAUGAUAAAACCGUAAAGUUGGAUAUUCCUACUAUCACGAGACCUGCAAAGAAACCUUCGUUUGGAGACGGUUCUGAUUUCUACCCUGGUUGGGAGGAAAGUGUCUACAAGUACAAAAAAUCUUUAAGAAUGCCUCCAAGCUUAAUCCAAGUUUCACGACCACCCCAAUUCCAUAGAUUAUCUACAUCACUACCUGAUCUGGAUCCGACCCCGCAUUCACCAACACCGUCAGUCACAACCGAAUCAGAGUCGUCCAAAAAAAUGCACAAGGUUAAGUCAGAAAAUCUUGAUAGCGAUGUCGACUCAAACUGUAGUUUUAAUUUGUUUAGCAAACAUAACAGUUACGAUUCUGAGGGCGGAUCAUCUAUAAAAAGUCUUCCAAACACAGCUAAAGAGGGCAACUCAAUCUUAGACAAACUACUAGAAAAAUGUGGGGGUAGAAAGAAGCGAAAACACAAAAAAAAGGACGAUGGUCUUCCCAAAGUGAUACCGAAAGCGGAGAACCCCGUCGAACUUUUACCUACUCCAAGCUUGGAAAUAAAAAAACUAGAAGAGGACAAAAAACAGAUAACUCCGAUAAUCAAAAGCGAAUCCGCCAUAUUAGGUUUUCGGAAAAAGACAAUGGAAAACUUUAAAGACGAAUUUAUUAAAAGUGCUAGUAAUAUCUUAGGUGUUAACAAAUUCGCGACGGUAGUGCUAAGUUCACGGACAAGAAAUGAGUCGCGAGUGUUAAAACAAAGAGCUACAAUCAAAGAGGUAUUUGGAGACGAUCGGCCGGCAUCGGCGCCACCCACGACUUGUGUCAACGAAGUUCGUAUUAAAGAGGAAGUUAUAGAAAAACCUGUAAAAAUCGAACCUAAAGCAGAAGUUAAAAAUAAUGAAACAUUCCAAACAGAACCAGUUGAUACGAAGCAGAUGCUAAAAAAUAAAAUAUUAAACAAAGGCAAAAAACGCAUCAGUAUCAACGAAUUUGACAAGGACAAAAAAAUCAAAAUUGAAGUGCAUGAUGAGGUCGACGACGAAGAAGACAUAAUGAAAAACAUUUUGAACGAAAGAAACCCUGAAGUUAAAUCCGAAACUCCUUCAAUUGACGACGAAGGCAGCAUUUCUGGUAAAAAGAAAAGCAAACUAAGAAUUAUAAGACGAAAGUUUAGUUCUGGUUUUGACUACAUAAGAAAGAAGAAAAAAACCAAAAAGGAAGAGACUGAAAGUAGCGCUGUAAGGAUUAAACGUAGAGGCGGGCCACCUAAGGCUUCGCCUGAAUCAGUUCAGGAUAUCCAGAAAGAAAUAAAAACCUGGGUAUUAAAUAAAGGAAUAGGCGAGACGCACUUACAUCGGGCGGCAAGGCUGGGUUUUACGGACAUUACGGCAUACUGUUUGGAAAAAAUGGACUGCAUUCCGUCACCGAAAGAUAAUGCUGGAUACACUCCAUUGCAUGAGGCAUGCUCAAGAGGGCACCUUGACAUAGCUAAAUUAUUAUUAAUGUAUGGUGCCAAUGCCAGUGAAUCGGCACAAGGAGGCAUUAGGCCGCUUCACGAGGCAGUUGAAAAUGGUUUUGUUGAGAUUGUGAGGUUGCUCUUAUCAUACGGUGCGGAUCCUUCCUUGGCCACAUAUGCAGGCGUUACACCCAUGGCUUUGGCCAAGGACGAAGUUACUCUUCAGUUACUACAGGAUCAUUUAAAUGACAUACAAGGCAAUCCUGGACCAAUUUGGCAGUUCCCUGCGGUAUAUUCGGAAAAUGAUGUGUGUGAGAGCGGGUACAACAUAUUUGAUGGCGUACCGGACCCGGACCCACCUUCUGAAGAAGACGAAAUAGAAUUUGAGAUGUCCGAAAUCCUGCUCCCGAAUUUGUACACGUUAAGAGGCGAACCGUCCGGUGACCGGUGGAUUUUGCUGCAAGACUUAUCGACGCUGCUGAAAAUCAAAUCCAGGGACGCGCUUCUAAAGCAAAUUUACCCCUCCUCCUCGUCGAGCAGCCAAGUUAAUGUAAAAUCAGUGUUAAGAGAACUAAAGAUGACGGACUUUUUAGAGCAAGCUCAUUGCUGUCAAUUCUUAAACGCUGGCGAGAAAAUUAAUACACGUGCUUCAAAAAUUGCCUUAGUUAAGUAUACGGAAAAAGUAAAAGAACUUUUAAAUGUUGACACUGUAAUAAUUACAACCAGGUGACCCGAGUAAUGCAAUUAAUUAGUUUCGUUUGUUAAUAUUGUAUAAUUUAUUUUUAUUGUCUUCUUUUAUUAUUUAAGUAUUGCAAUUUUGACAUUUAAAUGGUGCUUUCAAGACAUAUUUUGUGUUUAAUAUUUUUAAAUUAAUUUAUUUCAAUAUAAGUUACGUAAUAGUUUUAAAAAUGAAAAUACUAAUUGUGCAAUUUCGUAAAUUGUAAAAAUGUUUAUUUUUCUUUUAUAUUUUAUUUUAAUAUAGAUUAUUUUAAUAAUAUACUCAAUUGAGUAAAAUAAAUGUAAAAAAGUUUUAUCAAAGUGCUCAGGGAUGCGUACUCCACACGAGGAGUACUCAAUAAAUUAUAAAAAUGUACAUAUUUCAUCUGUAUGUAUUUUUAAGGCUGAUUGCGUAAUUUUCUAUAAAAUAGAUGUAAUAUUCUAAAAUAAAUGUGUGCUUGUUGAUAAAAAGCGAGCUCUUCUUUAAAUGGCUUAUUAUUUUUAGUAGUUGUUAAAUAAAACGAGUUAUCUGUGAUGCGCAUCAGUGGCAAAGUGCAAUGCUUUUUUGCAAUCAUAUUGUGAUUUUGCCCACAUGUCCUAUCAGUGUAAAUUUAAAAAAUACCUAUUAUAAUUUAUAAACAUUUUUUCACAUUUUUAAUGGUUUUUUGUUUUAUAAAAUAUGUGAAUACUAAUAAAAAAUACAUAAAUA